AUGACUUUGCACUUCUGGGCUACCGCCCAGCGCGUGAACGCAGAAGAGCUGCUACUGAUCCCGUUCGACUUGCUGCCGUCCGUGGCAGACGCGGUUCGCGACGACAUUGCCGAGGUCAAGAACAUCUUUCUGCACAGCACAGGGCGCUGUGGCUCCACUCUGAUGUGCAAGGCGAUUGAGACGACCAAAGAAGUACAAGCAGUGUCAGAACCGGACAUGUACACGUCUCUCUUUGAGUUCUACCAGGCCCGGGGGUUCCAUCUGACGUCAGCCGAGGAAGAUGACGUCAUGAUGGUCCUGAGGUGCGCCCACGUCCUGCUGAAUCACUACAUCCUCCAGAGCGACCCUUCCCGUCUCGUCAUCUGCUACAAACUGCGCGGCUUCGCCAUCUUCAUCGCAGACCUGCUGCAGAAAGCCGUUCCCGAGGCCAAGACUAUCUUCUUGUACCGGGAUUUGCAGGGUUACUACGAUUCCUGGCUCAGUGUGGGGUUUAAAGAUAGUUACUGGAAAUAUUUCCUCAAAACGGCCUUGAGGCUCGAUGUGUUCUUUGACAUCCCGGCUAUGUUACGCAUGGAACCCUGCUUGGCGUUUCUGACCGAUAAUAAGCGUUUGGCAACGUACCCCCUACUCCGGGGGGAGCCAUUCUUUACCGUGUCCUCGUGGCUUCUGCGUAUGCAAAAAGCCUACGACCUAAUCCAAGACGAUCCGACAAAGUUCUUCCAUGCCUGUCUGAGGUACAACGAGCUGGUGAUGCACAAAGAACACAUCGUCCUCAAGGUUUUGAAGCAACUCGGCUUCGACAUUGCCCCCGAAGUCGGUCUGAAGAUGAAAGAAGUGUUUGGAAGGGAUAGUCAAGAAGGUACGUUCCUUAAGAGUGCUAGGAGAACGAAGGGUGUGUCAGGGGGUUCUUGGGUAGGUGUUUGGGAGAGAAAUAUGUUCUCUAAUGUUAUUGAGAGCUUCCAAGGUGACGUUGGUAGUUCAGAGUUCAUUCUGAAAAAUACUAUAAUGGGCUGAGAAUGAGACAACUAAUCUCCAAGCAGAUCCUAGAAUGGCAUAAGAUA